CCCAAGAACUCGGUGACUGUCUGGAGGGAGGCGGGAGGCAGGAGUUGGGAGGCUUCAGCCUAGGCAGGGGAGGGGCAGACCUGGCUGAGCUGAGGAAUUAGCCACAUGAGCUCAUCAGCACCCCCACGGGAGUCCUGUCCUGGAUGCCUGCACCAUGGCCGCCCCCGCACUGCGAGACAUCCCCGUGCUCCCUGGCUCCCCUCGAAGGCUGAGCCCCCGGGCUGCGGUCAGAGGCCUCCAGGGUGCCCAUCCUGUCCAGUUGCACCUCAGGGUUCCUGCUCUCCAAGCCUCAGGCCUGCAGAACAUUUCCAGAAAAGCUGGCCAGCCCCCCUGUGGAGGAAGCUCCUCUAGCUAUAAUGUUGUCAACAACUACCUGGAUGUGAAUGAGUCCACAUUUGCAGAGGCCCGUCAGAGCCGUAUGCACUUCUAUGACAACCAGCGGAAGGUAGACUACGUGCUGGCCUACCACUACCGGAAGCGAGGGGCACUCCCUGGUCAAGGUUCCCCUGGCCACUCACUGGCUAUCGUCUCCAAUGGGGAGACGGGCAAGGAUCCCCGGGCAGGAGGUGACAUUGAGCUGGGGCCACUGGAUGCCCUGGAGGAGGAGAGAAAGGAACAGCGGGAGGAAUUUGAACACAACCUGAUGGAGGCUGGGCUGGAACUGGAGAAGGACUUGGAGAGUAAAAGCCAGGGGUCUGUCUUUGUCCGUAUUCAUGCUCCGUGGCAGGUGCUGGCCAGAGAAGCAGAGUUCCUGAAGAUCAAAGUCCCCACCAAGAAGAUGUAUGAGAUCAAAUCAGAAGGCAGCAUCGCAAAGAAGUUCAAUGAGAUUCUUCAGAAGAUGAGCUCACCCCUGCAGCCCAAAGUCCCAGAGCACAAAACCAACAAGAUGAAAAACCUUUCUUACCCAUUUUCCAGGGAAAAGAUGUACCUGUACAACAUCCAGGAUAAAGACACUUUCUUUGAUAAUGCCACUCGUAGCCGCAUUGUGCACGAAAUCCUGAAGCGUACAACCUGCUCUCGGGCCAACAACACCAUGGGCAUCAACUCUCUGAUAGCCAACAACAUCUAUGAGGCUGCCUACCCUCUGCAUGAUGGGGAAUAUGACAGCCCCGGGGACGACAUGAACGACAGAAAGCUUCUGUAUCAAGAAUGGGCCCGCUAUGGAGUGUUUUAUAAGUUUCAACCUAUUGACCUCAUCAGAAAGUAUUUUGGAGAAAAAAUUGGACUGUAUUUUGCUUGGCUGGGACUGUACACGUACUUCCUCAUUCCAGCUUCUGUCAUUGGGGUGAUUGUGUUUCUUUAUGGAUGUGCUACCAUUGAAGAAGACAUACCCAGCAAAGAGAUGUGUGACCAGCAGAACGCCUUCACCAUGUGCCCCCUGUGUGACAAAUCCUGUGACUACUGGAACCUCAGCUCAGCCUGCGGCACAGCACGUGCCAGCCACCUGUUUGACAACCCCGCCACGGUCUUCUUCUCCAUCUUCAUGGCUCUGUGGGCAACCAUGUUUCUGGAAAACUGGAAGAGACUACAGAUGCGGCUGGGCUACUUCUGGGACCUGACUGGUAUAGAAGAGGAAGAAGAACACUCCCGGCCUGAAUAUGAAACCAGAGUUCGUGAGAAACUGCUCAAGGAGAGUGACAAGUCAGUUGUCCAGAAGUUGGGAGCCAAUGAGGUUGAAGAGGAUGAUGAUGAAGAUAAGCUCACCUGGAAAGACCGUUUCCCGGGUUACCUGAUGAACUUUGCCUCCAUCUUAUUCAUGAUUGCCCUGACCUUCUCUAUUGUCUUUGGCGUCAUCGUGUACCGGAUCACAACAAAAGCCGCACUGUCUCUCAGCAAGGCCACACGCUCCAAUGUCCGAGUGACAGUGACGGCGACGGCAGUCAUCAUCAACCUGGUGGUCAUCCUCAUCCUGGACGAGAUCUAUGGCGCUGUGGCCAAGUGGCUCACCAAGAUCGAGGUUCCCAAAACAGAGCAGACUUUUGAAGAGCGCCUUAUACUCAAAGCUUUCCUGCUCAAGUUUGUCAAUGCCUACUCCCCCAUCUUCUAUGUGGCCUUUUUCAAGGGCAGGUUUGUGGGCAGACCCGGAAGCUAUGUUUAUGUUUUUGAUGGUUACCGCAUGGAAGAGUGUGCUCCCGGGGGCUGCCUCAUGGAGCUCUGCAUUCAGCUCAGCAUCAUCAUGUUGGGGAAGCAGCUGAUCCAGAACAACAUCUUUGAGAUCGGAGUCCCGAAGUUAAAGAAACUCUUCCGCAAGCUGAAAGAUGAGACGGAGUCCAGAGAAACUGACUCUGCUCAAUCCAAGCAUCCAGAACAGUGGGACCUGGACUACAGCCUGGAGCCAUACACGGGCCUCACACCGGAGUACAUGGAAAUGAUCAUCCAGUUUGGCUUUGUCACCCUCUUUGUGGCCUCUUUCCCUCUGGCACCUGUGUUUGCCCUGCUCAACAAUGUCAUUGAAGUGCGACUUGAUGCUAAGAAGUUUGUCACGGAGCUGAGACGACCAGAUGCUGUGAGGACCAAAGAUAUUGGGAUUUGGUUUGACAUUCUGUCUGGAAUUGGCAAGUUCUCCGUCAUCAUCAAUGCCUUUGUCAUUGCUGUCACUUCGGACUUCAUCCCCCGCCUGGUGUACCAGUACUCCUACAGCCACAAUGGGACUCUGCAUGGCUUCAUCAACCACACCCUCUCCUUCUUCAACGUCAGCCAGCUAAAGGAGGGGACCGCACCCGAAAACUCACAGUUUGACCAAGAGGUUCAGUUCUGCAGGUUUAAGGAUUACCGAGAGCCACCAUGGGCCCCCAACCCAUAUGAGUUCUCCAAGCAGUACUGGUCCGUCCUGUCUGCCAGACUGGCUUUCGUCAUCAUCUUUCAGAACCUCGUCAUGUUCCUGAGUGUCCUCGUGGACUGGAUGAUCCCAGACAUCCCCACGGACAUCAGCGACCAGAUCAAGAAGGAGAAGAGCCUGCUAGUGGACUUUUUCCUGAAAGAGGAGCACGAGAAACUGAGGCUUGCGGACGAGCAGGCCCUGCGGAGUCAGGGUGGCAGGCGAGGGAGCGGGAGUAGCAGGGCCCCCAGCUCUGCACCCUCUGCCCACAGCCACCGACGCAGCAUCACGCCCAGAGGGUCCCAGCACACCAAUGUGUGAUGGCCACCAGCCC